UAUUCCCAAGGCUUCGGGAGUUUUUUUUCGUCCGCUGGUUUCCCUAAAAUCAUAUGCUGAAACCUCAGACUUAGUCCUUUCUUAAAUAGGGGUCCAAUUCCUUGUCAACAUGUUUUUGUCUUGAUUCCGGUUCUCGCUGAGAACGAGAACCCUUACUACCAUAAAUCACAUGCGACCUAUACCAUCUUCCUUCCCCCCACGACCAAAAUUGCCGCCGCCAUGGCAGUGUCCACCAUCCCCCACGAAGAAAAUGGAAGCGUCAAGCAACAUACUCCAGGAUCCCAAUCGCCCGAAUCCGCCGAUUCUACUUUGAAGAAGAGGAGUUCUCUUUCAGCGGGAUUUGAUAAAGAUGGCAAUCCUAAACCAGUGAAGAGAAGGUCCGCGAAAGCAUGUCGUGCUUGUCGAUCGAGGAAAGUCCGAUGUGAUGUGAUGCAGCGGUACCAUGUGUCUGCUGAGGGCGAGGCAACUUGUACAAAUUGUAACAUAGAUGGAAUUCAAUGUGUCAUUGAUGAGAGCAAACGUAGAAAGUGAGCAAUCAAUUUAUAGGGGUUCUAAUUGGCAACAUGAUUGAAGGUUUGGUGCUAACACUCGCCUAGAAAACUGUUGGCAGAAAAUGGGCCUGUCCCUGGUGUCGCUCCUCUUCCCUACCAAGCGUGGUCGAACGGAUCAAUCAACCCGUCUGAUAUUUCGAAUUCAGAGCCAGAAAAUGGGAAAAGUGCUGGUUCGAGGAAGGAAAGAGGAGAGACAAAGCAUGUACCUCAUGCAAUAUGUAAGAGUUCCCUAGAUUUUCAUGAACAGCCUAGUCCUUUUUUUCCAGCCUCCUGGAUAUUUCGACAAUCAAAUUAGUGUAAAAAGAGUUCAGAGAAUGAAGACCACGUCUCAUUUUCUAGUUUUUUAACACUGCUCAUUCUUGUUAGAGAAGAGCUUGUGUGUUUCAGUUGUAGCAAAAACAAAAAAUACCUGAGUAACUAACCGCACCUAGAUCGAAAUAUAAGCUCGCAGUUCCAAAAUCAGAGCUUCAGUCAACCACCGAAGGUAUCGAAUGAAAUGAAUAACGAUAUAAAUCCCGAAAUUUAUCGAUUGAUGCAGUCCGCAUCCGUUGUAGGUGAUCGAAUCGCAACGAGGUUGGAAGAGCCGGCACUGCUUCCACAGCAGUUGAUACAAGCACCUUCACAUAUACACAGCAUGCCACAAAUCCAAAUGUUUAAACAUCAAUUACCUGGAUAUUUGAAGCCACUACCAGCGCGUAUGACUUCGGUCGAUAUCGAUUAUCUAUUUGCGAAGGGAGCUUUGUCAAUCCCAGAUAUGAGAAUCAGAAAUGCUUUAUUACAAAGCUAUUUCCAAUAUGUUCAUCCAUAUAUGCCGCUGCUUGAUAUGACGGAAACUUUACAAAUCAUUGACGAUGAAACUGGAGCGAACGGCAAAAUAAGUUUGUUACUCUUUCAGGGAAUGAUGUUUGCAGGGACAGCUUUUGUGGAUAUGGAAUAUCUAAGAGACGCGGGAUUCUUAAAUCGGAAGGCUGCGAGAAAAGCUUUUUUCCAAAGAGCCAGAGUAAGAGACAAUUGUUUGUUCGUGGAUUGAAGCACGUUCUAAUAUUUCCAGGUGCUUUACGAUUUUGAUUACGAAGUAGAUCGUAUCUCACUUGUUCAAUCACUCCUCCUUAUGACCUACUGGUACGAAACGCCGGACGAUCAAAAAGAUACUUGGCACUGGAUGGGGGUCGCCAUCUCAUUAGCUCACACCAUCGGAUUACAUAGAGACCCAGAAACUUCGAACAUGGAAGAUUCGAGAAAGAGAUUAUGGAAACGAAUGUGGUGGUCAUGCUUUAUGCGUGAUCGCUUGGUGGCAUUAGGCAUGCGAAGACCAACAAGGGUUAAGGACGAAGAUUACGACGUGCCGAUGCUGAUUGAAUCAGAUUUUGAGUUCAAGCCACUUCCAACAAGCAAUUCAAUCAUCCCAUUGGAUUGCACUUUGAUCCGCGAUCAGGAUGCACAACGAGAAUUGGCACAAAUGUGUAUUGCCAAAGCCAAACUCUGUCUGUGUAUUAGUCACGUUCUGAGCGCACAAUACUCUGUUCUUAUCAAGAACCAGGGUAUGCAAGGUCAAGAAGGAAGUACUCGUUCCAGUGUCAUGCUUUUCCCAAAGAAACUUGACCAAACAGACGAGGUAAAAUGUUGCGAUGUGGAGCUCAGCAAUUGGAUUUCUCAACUACCAGAAACCUGUCAAUAUUCAACGACUCGGCCCUUGACCCAUAGCGCCCAAACUUUAUUCCUCCAACGAUCGCUUCUCCACAUGAUCUACUACACGACUCUUUCUGCCCUUCAUCGCCCACAGGUACUUCCCCCUGCCACGCCAAAGCAUCCUCAGCCCGACUCUGCUGCACGGGGUCUUCAAGAUCUUUCACGAAAAAGUGUACGUGAAGCUUCAAGAGAGAUCACAAAAAUAUGCCGAAACCUUCACACAUUAAAUCUCGAUAGAUUCCUCCCCACGACUGGUGUCACAGUACUCUUACCGGCAAUAAUCAUUCACCUUCUGGACAUUAAUUCCUGUAAUGAUGAGGCGAGGCGAGCCGCUAUGGACGGAUUCUGUCUUUGCAUGAGAGUUCUUGAACGGCUAAGAGAUAACUAUGCCAGUGCAGAUUUCGCUACGCAGUUCCUCGAAGCAGCGAUGAGAAAAGCCGAUGUCGGAACUGGAUUCACUUCAGAACUUGAAAAAAGGAUGGCACAAGAGAGAGCACGAGAAGUCACGAGGAGAGGUAACCCCCAGUAUGCCUCUGCAAUGGCUAUUCCCAAGGUAACAAACUCAAAUGGGAUCUCCAAUGGGCUGGAUGGCACGAAUGCUCGAAAAAGCUCGCCUAUAAGGAGCCUGUCACAACACGGCGUGGCGCAUAUUGCCUCACCAAUGUCAACAAGUUCGGUUUUGGAAAAUCCAGCAAUUCAUGGAUCCAUGUCCUCUGAUUUCACCACGUCACCUGGAAUUGUACAACAGCGGGAAAAAGGACACCAUCCAUCCCCACCCUUGUCCAUGAAUGGAAGUCAACAGUUCCUCCCCAUUAACAUGAAUGAACAACCCGGAUCAGGAUUUGAUUUCUCACAGAGCACAAAUUUCGGAACCCAACAGGACGUGGAUCUCAAUGAUUUUAUCAACUUCGAAAACUCCGGAGACGGGGCAAUGGAUGGAUUUGGAGGUCUUGAAGGGUUAGGCGGGUUAGAAGGCAUGGAGGGUUUGGGGGGCUUGGGAAGCUGGGAUGGGAAUUUACCCGUUGAAACGCAUCCAGAACGUUUGGGGCAAGGCCAUGUGCAUAGUGGAUGGAUUGGGGACGGAUUUUCAUCAUGGGGUGGAAACGGCGUUCAUGAGCAAAUGAAUGGAAAGAACACGAUGGGCCACGAAAACAAUGAGGGAAAUCUUAUGGAAACUGUGGAGGUUGGCGGGACAGGAACCACAUUUUAUACUACACCUCCGAGUGGAAUGGGUGAAGAAGUAUGAUUGAAGGGUAACACGCAUACCAUCUCAUGAAGUGGGAAAGAAUGAAUGGCAGAGAAACUGAACUGUAUAUUUACGCGAUCCAAGAUUUUGGGUAAAGGGGUCUGGAAUGCCUGGAGUAAAAUGGCUCUUCUGUUGGCUACACUUGAGUUCGGCGUUUUGGGUCAAUGGAUUGGAAAUUGUAAGAUGGGACGCUUUAUUUUGGACGUCACAAUCUGGGAUGUGGAAUAUCGGAAAAGUGAUAAAUGAUUAGAAUUCAAUUGAUACCCGCAGAGGGGGUUGAAGCUAUUUGCGAAGGAAAGAGGCAAGAUACAAAUAACAUUCAUCAAUUUCGUCAGUUCAAUGUACAAAUUAAUGCCGACUUCCAUCCUCGUAUCC